CCACUGAAUUUCCUGCAAUUGAUUUCUUUAGCUGACUUUUGGACCCUACAAGAAUACCCAAGCGCUUUACUACAGGUACGUUGAAACAUCAUUGAAGUUUGAACGAUCUCUAGGUUAAAUCUCGAGAAAAGAGUGUGUACAUGGUUGAGAACUAAUUUCCAACACUUGUUUUUGCCCUUCUAAUUACUUCACAAUACUGUAGUCUUUGGUCACCAGAUGAAUCAUUCUCGAUAAGGCGCAUCGUCUAUGAGGGAGGAAUGAACCGCGAGAACAAAAUUCCGGACGCAGAAAUUAUGUUUAAGGAUAAAGUUUUUGAGAUCAAUGAAGACAUUGUCUUUGAUGGUACCAGGAGUUCAGAUCCUGACGGAGACAAAUUAUCUUUCGCAUGGGAUUUUGGAGAUGGUGAUAGUUCUACAAGAGAAAUCAUAACCAAGUCUUACAAUACAACAGGGAAAUAUACGGUAAAACUCACCGUCAAGGACGAAAAUGGAUUUGAAGACUCAGCUUCCAAAACAAUUAUUGUUGGGACACCUCCGAAGCCAGUAAUUGUAUUUCCUAAAGAAGGUACCACAUUUGCUGUGAACGAUGACCAUUUUGUUUUAUUUGGUUAUGCUACUGAUGCCGCUGGAAAUUCGCUUUCGGACGAACAUCUAACCUGGGAGGUUCGUCAAGUGCAUAGUACGCACUACCAUCCAUUUCUCAUUGAAACUGUUGGAAAUGAAAUUCGCAUACCCCCAGCUCCGUCACCGGAAGAUUUCCAUGCUUCUACGAAUAGUUAUUUGAAAAUUCUCUUGACAGCUACUGACAGCGAUGGUCUAACCAGUACAACGACAAGGGACAUCAUGCCCAAGACGAAGAAACUGUAUUUUAAUACUGAUCCGCCAGGUCUUGAAUUGAUACUUGAUGGAUUCACUCUGAAGACGCCUGAUGAUGGCCCGCUAGAAGUAUUAAGUUGGAUCAAUCAUAACCUUGUCAUAGAUGUUGAAGAUCAGGGUGAAAUGGUAUUCGAUAGAUGGAAUAAUGGAAUCAGUUCUCGUCACAGCGAGGGCAAAGUGGAUGAUGUUUUUGGUGAUAGUGUUAACACAGCAAUAUUUUCAAAAUUGAACUCGUCUACCGCGUUCCCUGUGGAAGCAGAUGUACCUGUCGUAUCACUUACGCCUAUCGAAGGUGGCGAGGAGGCAGAGGAAACACACGGACCGAUAGGAGAAAAUGAGAAAGACCAAGUUAGUGAAACUACAACAGAAACCUCGACAAAAGAAGAGACAGCAGACGAAGAGCGGGAAACCAUCAAUGAAGACGAAUGCAACUCGAUUUGUAAGUGAUCUAUUAGAUGUCUUGUAUCAAAGCUUUUGACUCUGUCUUGUCUAACAUUUGUUGCACGGCAUAACUCUCUCUAUUUUUAGAUGACACGAUAUGUGAAGACAUCAAUUUGAUAGGUUUUUGUCAGGCAAUAACAGAUGCUGGAUUGAAAGAUGUUUUUGACGAAGGAGAAUGGACCAUCUUCGCACCUGAUGAUGCAGCCAUAAUGAAAGCUCCGGAAGAAUUCCAUAGUCUCAUUCGAGAUCAUAACACUACUGAUAUCGAACCGUUGAGAGAACAUAUACUAUACCACAGCUCACCAAAUAAGGAACUUCGGGAGGACGAUCUUAAGUGUGACGUUCGUACCAAUCUCGUGGAAAUGGGCAACGGGAGAUAUAGUCGAACUCUUUGUGAGGAUGACGUUCCUACUUUUCAGAAAGGAAGAGGUAAUACUGACGAAAAAUUGCCUCGAAUAAUUGAAUUUGACAUUCCAUCAUGCAACGGAGUGGUUCAUAUUGUAGAUCAGAUCCUAAUGCUAUAGUAGAAUUUGCCACUACAACUGUAAUUUUUUGUCAAAUCUACCCCAUAAAAGACACGAGGAAAGAAGACGAGGAGUCGUUCUUGUCAUAAUUUUGAUGAUGUAACACUCGUAAGGAUCUUUCCAUGAUCGGCUUUCCUUACUUUUCACUGGCAGUAUAGUUCUAUGUAAACUAGUAUUGUGAAUAGAAGAUAGACACAACA